ACCAUUUGCAUAUUGUCCUACACCUCAUUUGUUGGAAAUAGCGUAUUAGGAUGUCUAAAACAUUUGAAGACGUAAUUGAAACGCAGGAAAAUGCACCAACCAACAUGCUGAAUAGAUUUGAUUUAAACUCGAAAGCUUAAAAGAAAUCACAGAACCUUUUAUCUGUUCUACCAUCGACUCGUUUUCUGGAGCUGGGUUCAAUAGCUUGGUCCAGCUGAGUCUUCACUGGAUCUGUAUUCACACAAUAGGGGCGCAUUAUAGCAUUGCUAUGAGAGUGUGAUUGGCUGAUCUAUACAAAUAGAUUAUUCGUUAUUGUUGGUGUUGUCGAAUAUUUUUCUUCACGGUUUGCAAGAGUAUUUCACGUUUUGUUGAGGUUUCAUGUAAUACGCAUGUCCCCGAUGGGGUGAGUUUUGGUAUCAGCGGCUAGACAAUGCCUAUCUACAUUUGAACCACACGUGUUGAACCCUCAUUGACUGAAAGUAAACGAAGGCAAUGAAUAUACAGUAUAUUGCUAGCUUACUGUAAUGUAGAUAAGGCGAUUUUUGAACAAUGACCUGUUAUCCUCGCAUCUCGCAUUGGAAAAUUAUAUUGUCAAUAAUGCGAAUACAGUUGUCAGAAUUUUCAGGAAUAUCUAGCUGAAAAUAUAGGUAUUUGCAGAGAUCUAGCUUGCUACAUUUUUCCAACCCUUGCGCUCGGCGUCCCUCCUCCCAGCCCUCAUGACUUGGUGGGGCUAGCGGUGUGACGCCGUGGUUUGGUCUUCAGUAUUUUGUCGUGUCUGAUUCGUCUACUAUCUACUUUGGUUAGUUAGCUAGUAAUGAUGCUGGGCUAUUUUCUAAAUACGAGGUAACUUAUUGGCAUAGCUUAAUAACGCUAAAGCUGAACAAUUUAACCAAUGAAUGACGCUACAUCAAAGAUCCAUUUGAGCUGGUGUGAUUGGAUUUGACGACGGAGUCUCUCCGACCCUAUCCUCAGAAUCUGGAUAUCGGAAUGGUGUAUCGUGACCCCAGUGGGUUGGGAAAUGCACUACGCUUAUACGUGCUAUGAGCCGGACAGUCAUGUCUGGCUCGGAGCACCGAUAAUCUGGACACUUCAGGGGAGCCCGCUACCCGCUCUGUGGGCACUACUGCUAACUUAAAGGGGAAGAUGAACAAGAGGCUGUCUGUUGUGAAAGGCCACUUCCCCAAGCUCGUUGACUGUGCACACUUCCACUAUGAAAACGUUGAGUUUGGCUCCAUUGAGUUGCAGUUUGCAAACGAGCAGAACGAUGCCUGCUGGAACUCUCUCUCUGCCAAAGACCUGGUUUUCCUGGUGCAUGUGUCCUGCCAGGGUAAGAUGUGGAUGGUGCGACGCUCCUACGAGGAGUUUUGUACGCUGGACGCUCACCUCCAUCAGUGUAUCUACGACCGCCGCUACUCCCAGCUGCUUCCCCUGCCCCCCCUCAGCGAGAUUGGGGACCGGGUCGAGAUCUUCACCCCGCUGCUGUCAGAGUACUUGAGCCGCCUCUCCAUGAUCGUUGACAACAAGCUUAACUGUGGACCUGUGCUCACUUGGAUGGAGAUUGACAACCGUGGGAAUAGGUUCCUGCUGAAAGAGGAAGCUUCACUCAACGUUCCCGCCAUUGCUGCAGCGCAUGUCAUCAAGCGCUACACAGCACAGGCCAGCGAUGAGAUCUCCAUUGAGGUGGGAGAUAUACUUUCUGUGAUUGACAUGCCUCCCAAAGAGGACACCAGCUGGUGGAGGGGGAAGCAUGGCUUUCAGGUGGGCUUCUUCCCCAGUGAGUGUGUGGAGCUUAUCAACGAGAAGUUGUCUCAGCCAGCCUGUAAAACUGAUGGUGAUCCAGCCAAUUCCAACACCAGUGCCCCUGGACCGCCGUCUCCAACAUCAGUUUCUAAGAAACACGGUAAACUGAUGGGGUUCCUUCGCACCUUCAUGAAGUCCAGGCCCACCAAGCAGAAGCUCAAACAGAGAGGCAUCCUAAAAGAAAGAGUGUUCGGCUGCGACCUGGGGGAGCACCUCCUUAACUCAGGACUGGAUGUUCCACAGGUUCUGAAGAGCUGCUCAGAGUUCAUUGAGAAACAUGGUGUGGUGGACGGCAUUUACAGACACUCUGGAGUCUCCUCUAACAUUCAGAAACUUAGACAUGAAUUUGACAGUGAGAACAUCCCAGACCUGACCAAGGAUAUGUACAUGCAGGACAUCCACUGUGUGGGCUCUCUGUGUAAGCUCUACUUCAGAGAGCUACCCAACCCUCUGCUCACCUACCAGCUGUACGACAAGUUUGCUGACUGUAUGGGAGAGAUGACGGACGAUGAGCGCAUGGUGAAAGUACAUGAUGUCAUCCAGCAACUCCCACCCCCCCACUACAGGACACUGGAGUACCUCAUCAGACACUUGGCUCGUCUGGCGACCUGCAGCGGGGAGACCAACAUGCACAUAAAGAACCUGGCUAUCGUUUGGGCCCCUAACCUGCUCAGGUCUAUGGAGAUUGAGUCGAUGGGUCUGACUGGUGCUGACCCGUUUAAGGAGGUGCGAAUCCAGUCUGUGGUGGUGGAGUUUCUCCUUAGUCACGUGGAUGUGCUCUUCAGUGACUCCUUUACCUCAGUAGGACGCUUCACAGGCACAGAGGAUUCCUUUGAGACAGGACAAGCAGGGCGACACUCUCUGACCAGGCCCAAGUCCUUUGUGUCCACAAGGCUGCUCUCCCUAGAAGAGGCCCAGGCCAGGACACAAGCUCCUCUGCUCCUCCAGGAGGCAUCACUCCAGUUCCAGGGCAAGUUCCACACUGUGCUGGACCUACCUGUAGACAGAAGAAAGAGGGGGAUGAAGGUGAGGAAGGCAGCCGGAGGGAGCUGGAAAACGUUUUUUGCAAUUGGGAAGACCCCAGGGGCAGGGCGCCGUAAACCAAUGAGGAUCAGCUCCCUGUUCCAGCCCACCACCUCACACGCAGAUCUCCCUGUCUAUCUCUCUCUGGCUGUCUGUAUUCCCCUCUCUUCUUUCUCUCUCGCAUUUGUUUCUCCUGCAGGUUGCCGUGUUGACAGUGUGACCCUGCGUUCAGCCAAGAGUGAGGAAUCCUUAUCGUCCCAGCACAGUGGUGCAGGUCAGUCAAAGCACCUGCGGAGGCCUCGCUCCAGCAGUGAUGGUCUGUCUCUGGCUGCCUCCAUGGAUCCACUACGCCCCCCGUCCCGUCUGCCCUCCAGCCGUUCUUAUGACAGCCUGCUCCCCGAGGACCGCCACCCACAGCCUGGUAAUGAUGAUGAGGACGAUGAUGACGAGGAAGGUGUCUACAUGCUGCCUGACUUCUCAAACCAAGACCAGGCUGCCUCCUGGAUGGCCGAGGAUGUCAUUGACUUCAGCCCCACCUUCCUGGAGGACGGGCCAAUUGGGUUGGGUGGCUGCGCGGUUGCAGCGGGUGGCAGGGAGUCCCCACCCACUGGCACACCGCCUCCUUACCGCUGCCUCAGUCACCACGGACAUGCCCAUUCCAGCAGCCAGCGUUCAAUCACAGAGGAUCCUGACUCGGUACUCAACCAAUCUGACGCUGCUGUCAGGAGGAGUCUGAUCAUUGCAGCCACAGCCCCGCCCCUACAGGUGUUCUGUCAGCACAGACUGGCCAAUACCGGCUCAUCUGCAGGCCAUUCAGGGGAGGGUGCCAACCAGAGCCCCUCCAGUGGUCAAAGCCAGGGCCAGCCUACUACACCUGUUGCGGCUGCCUCCUCUUCUCAGCCCCCGCUAGAGAAAAGAUCUUUCACUCGGAAGAUGGUGAACGCCUUCUCACAAAAGGCUCCUAAGUCACCUCCACUGGACAUCUCUGACCCUGUGUCCAUCAGCGUCCCAGCUAAGGUGCUGGACAUGAUUGGCGGACGAGCCGGGGAAUUACAGCAAGCAGUGGCCGGCACACCGAGCAGUGUGCCCUCCCAAUCCCAGCCUCCUCAGAUGAUCUCCAUGCUGCUCAGGUCAUGUGACUUCCAGCUGACAGAGAGCUGUCAGCAGGAGAUUCGCAGCAAACUGGGCCCUGAAGCCAAGACCAGAGGACUGGGACUCAGCGGUUCUGCCCUGCCAUCCCAGGCUCCCCCUCCCCCUCCUAAAAAUCCAGCACGCCUCAUGGCCUUGGCCCUGGCUGAGAGUGCCCACAAGGCCCUACGACAGGGUGCCUCGCCCCCCUACCGCCCCCCUCAGUCACGGCCCCAGGACACAGCCGAAACCCGCUGUCAAAGGUCCCUGUCUGCCGAUGCAGGAGAGCUGCUGUCCUCUGAUCCCAACCAGCUGUAUUCCACAGUUCGCCCAUUAUCUGUGUGGAUGACUGAGGGAAAAACAACAGAGACCGCAUUAGAUACAGGACAUGGCCAAGGAGAGACUGUUCCAGGACAGGACACAGGGUCCAUAUCCUCUGAGACAUCUGUGUCUGACACAGUGCUGUCCAACUCGGAGCAGUCCGCUGGGAACUCGUCUGGGGACGAACUGACACCUAGCCCUAUCUACAAGAACCAGAAACAGCUGCCCCACACCGAAGCACAGCCUCCUAAACCUGAUUUACCUGGGGAGAGACCCCAUCCCUCUGACACUGAGAGGAAGCCUCCAGCCUACUCCCGGCAGUUCUCUGCCCCUCACCUCCAACAGAAAUCCAGCGUAACUUCUACCCAGUCGAAACCCUCCUUUGUUCACCCUAACUCCCAUCUCCAACACUCCAAGUCAGAGAGCUCCCCCCUGGCUCAGGUCCGUGCCUUACAGCCCACCCGCCCCAAAGUCCCCCCUAAACCCCUGGAUCUGGAGCGCCCCCAUAGAGCACCUUUGGCCAAAACUGAGAUGCGUCGCUCCCUGGACUCAGGGCGCAUUCGGAGGAUCUUUGGUCAACAGGGUCCACAAGGGAACCCUCCUCUGGCCAGAGCCUUCUCAGAGCGCCUGAGUGGAGCACCAGAUCAUCUUGUCCGCUACCACGCAGCCAAGGCUGCCAGCCAACCAGUGCCAGGACAGCAGCCUCAUCAGGCCCAAAUCCGUCCUGUGCCCCUCUCCUCCACCUCAGAGGACCAAGGGAAAAGUGAGAACUUCUACUACGAGAUUGCUGGGCCUGAGAACCCACAGGGCCCCCCCAGCUACGCCCGUCACAGCUACCAGAACAUGAGGCUGGACCUGGACGGUAACCUCCGCCAGGCUUCCAACCCAGAAGCCAACCAAAGGCCAAUUUCCAGGGGGCACCACCAGCAUCAACCUCAGCCUAUCCACCACAACCAGAGUGGGUCCAAGGGGGAGAGGGGCCCUCAGCUCUGGUCAUCAGAGGCCACGCGGGCCUGGGCAGCCGCUCACUCCCAGUCCCACUCCAUCUGCCACUCUCACCAUUACUCCCAGGACAACUCCCCCCACCACCAUCUCCCCUCUCAUCUCCGGUCCCAACGCCAGUCCUCCUCAGUCAGGCUGGCUCGUAGCGAGAUGCACCCCCUCUCAUCCUCCUCGAUGGUUCCGCUGGCGCUCCAUCAGCACCAGCGCAGCCUUCACCGCUCCAACAGGUCACCCUCCAAUGACCAUACCGCCUCUCUACUGCACCCUUACUUUGAGAACGGGAAGGUGUGCUAUCGCAAGCCAGAGGAGGGUCCCCCGAGUCAGAGUCAGCCUCUACAGGGCCAGCCGCCUCAGCGCUCCCCUCCCCAGGCCCUCAGACAGAACUCAUCGGAGCCCAUCUAUGUCAACUUCCCCUUCACUAGCCCCUCCACUGCUGCCAACAGUACGAAGAGCUGGACUACCACAGACCUAGACGGAGACCCUCCGCGAGGUGAAUCCGUGGCCCCGCUUACCAAUCCCCCUCCUCCCGAGGACCAGACACCGUGUUCCCCCUGCUUGGCCCCUGAACCGGGAGGCUCUACCUGCAUCGGCCUCAGCCCUUCCACUCCAGACAGCCCAGCCGCUUGCGAAAAACCAUCAGCAACGACCCCCGGGAGCGACCUGGAGAGCGACUGCCUCCCGGUGCCGUCAGCAUCCACAUCCGCAGGGGCCCACUUCCACAGCCGCUCAGACCCCUACAGCUGCAGCACGAAGCCCAUCCAGGGCCUGUCGGGGAAGGAGAUUGCCUCCCUUUUGAUAGAGAAGCUAGAUGAGGAGGAGAAAGGGGAGGGUCCUUCCACUGUCACCUCCUCCGCCUCAACAAACUCCUCCCCAACCAUGGAGCACCCCCCCAACCCCUACCCCAGCCAGCAUCACAACCAGCCCCCGCCAGCCUACAAUGUCUACACGCCGGGUCCCUCCCGGAGCAGGGCCUCUCAGAGCGUUGGGUCAAGUGGCUACCAACGCCAAGACCUACUCCGGAGGUCCACAUCGGGGGGCCAAUACAGGCAGGCCUUUGACGUCAUGCCCUCAGGCGAUCAGGUGCUGAAAUACUACCGGACCCAAGACUUCCCACCAGGACCCGCGGGAGAGCGCCAAAGUGCUGGUGCCAACCCCUAUCCCCCGCGGGAGCACUACCAGGAGGCCAUCUACCACAACCGGAGCCCCCAGGAACCCCACUCCUCUGACUACCCCAGCCAGCCCCUGUCUGACCCCUCCACCUCGCCUCCUGCUGCCUUCUCUACCCUGAUGCUGGGAGACCCAAGGCCCUACCCCAGUCAGCCAGGAGGCGUUCAGUACAACCAGCAUCCCUUCCCGCAUGGUCUGGCGUUGGGCCAAUACCCUAACCCUCCCCCCCGCCGAGACAUGAUUCAUGAGCCGGUGCUGCGGCCACCGGCCCUGCGGAACCAGAGAGGGCUGGCGCGGCAGGGCAGCUUACCUGGACCAUCUCCCAACUGGACCAUCCACACUGAGGGCCAGACACGUAGCUACUGCUGAGGAGCACAAGGGACCUUCUAGUAUUUUACAAUACAUACCUUACAUUUAAAAGAGAGAGAAGACAUGGGGAGAGACCAGUGUUAAACUCACAUGGUCCACAGAGCGAGUAAGUCAAUAGAUAGCCUUAGGGGCAAUAAUGUAUGUCUUGUUUAGACAUGGGACCAAUGGCAAGGCAUUCUAGGGUAGCUAGACAUACUGUCCAAAUUCCUGUUAGAGCAUUCUCUGGGGCCUGUCAGCACUGCAAAUCUGCCACCAAUGAACCAAUUGCAGAAAGGGGACUAUGAUCAGAGGCAUAGAAGUGAAUCAAAGAGAGAAACCGAAAAGUGUCUUUCGAUUUGAAAACAUUCCUGAACAGACUGCUGUUGAGUGACAAAUAGCUGCUGUACUUUUUAACAGAGCGUCCAUGUUCUGCAAAGUGGUGGUUGUUUGCUUGGCUGUGGGUAUGGUCCAAUUAGAUUUGUUUUUGUUUAUUGUAAGGUUGUAGGGCAGAGAGAAGACUACACAGGGAAGUAACCACAGUCUUUUUUUCUUUUUUCUUUAAAUUAAUUUUGUAAGAACAAAAGUUUGUUUCAGUGGAUUUCAUAAGCUUGAUUUAAAUUAACAGCUGUGUUGCUGAUUUUUUUUUAAUUGAUUUUAUUAUUUAUUUAGUGUUUAGUUUGAAUGCAUGUAAUAUAUAGCUUCAGAUGAUGUAUCAUUUGUUUUGAUUUUAUCCCAGGAUUGAGUGUAUGAAUGUUUGAAUGCAUGUACAGAUUACAUUAAUUUCUCAUGGUGAGUUAGAAAGCACAUAUUUCAGCAAAUGAAACUGAAUCAAAACACUGCCUUCUGUUACAAGAGAAACUGUUUUUCAGACAGUACUUAGUUGUUUUAGGAUUCGUGGUACUAGACUAUUUUGCGUUGUCAUUCUGAAUGCAGGGUGUGUGUUUGUCCGCCUCUGUCUGACUGACGGAUUGCAGAGAGAUAGUACUGUGUUAUCUAAUGUACUUAUCCUUGAAGGAUGUUUUUGUACAUGUUAAAGUCUAUGCUUUUAUUCAAAGCAAUGUACUGUUUUUAUAAUACAAUCCACUCACACUCAUCCUCACUUGUUUUUCUGUAUACAUUGUAGUUGAGUGCAACAGAAUCAACUCAGAAAUCUUCACCUUCAUUUUGGGAUUUGUACUGUCUGCCUCUAUGCAACAAAUCCUUGGCAUAUAGAAGCCAUUACGAAGAUGUUGAUGCGAUGGAUGAGGUGGAGGCAGAGACCACAUACAGUAUAUGUCAUUAUCAUUCCAUGUACAAAUCACUUUGUCUUAAUUCUGUUAUUUAUGGUUCAUGUCUUCCCCACUUUCGCAUUGGGGCUGCAAUAUUGGUAUUGGAGAGCAUAGGUAGAGCUUCAUCUGUACGUUAAUGAGUUUUGCAUAGACCUCUCCACUAAAUUCAAGUGUGUUUGUAUAUAUAUAUAGGCGUGUGUGUGUGUGUGUGUGUGUGUGUGUGGGUGUGUGUGCGUGCGUGUGUGUGCGCGCGCGUUUGGACACUUUCUAUGUGUAGAUCUCACAAUUCAUGGCUCUAGGACUAUAUGGGCUACAAGUGCGGUUUAAUCCUUUCCCUGUCAUUACAAUGUUUCACUGAUGCCAAGUGUAGUUAGUAUUGUAGGAAAGCUAAAUGAAACAGAAGGUUGUAUUAGACUAAUUUAGAAGUACUGUUUAUUCUACAUUUAAUACUAUCUUCAGGUGAACGUCCUCAACUGUGUUGUAAUGCUGUGAUCGCACAUAAGGGAACUGUGAGGAAAAGAGAAGUUUUGUAAGGUGAGAAUGUGAAACAGGGUGCCAGUUUUCCUCAAUGUCACCUCUCGUUUUUGUUCAAGGUGCCUUUUUGAUGAACAAUCAUUUGGUUCCAUAAAGCAUGUUAGGAUAUGAACCUUUGCUCUUUAAUUCUGGGCUGGUAAAGUUGUGAAUGUUUAUCUUGCCAGGUGCACUAUAGCUCUAAAAUGUCAAAAGUCAGUGUCCAGAGCCUGCAGAUAUGGUACUGUUGUCCCUAAACUCCUCUUUGAUCGAAGUGAAUUGCACAUUUUUAAUUAAACACCCUAAUGACUCUGGGCUUUGGCAUUUUGAAGGAUAGUUGUGUGUGUGUGUGUGUCCAUGUUCUCUUUGUGUGUGUGUGUGUGUGUGUGUGUGUGUGUGUGUGUGUGUGU